AUUACGCCAGUUUGUUUCUGUACUGUUUAUAAUUUAUAUUUGUGUGCAUGUUUGUGCUGUUGGUCUUUGUCUUCCUUGAAGAUCUACAAGCAACCAAAGAAACCAAAUUAGUUAAAAGUUUGUUUCAUUUCUCCUCCCAAUAGGGAAUUUUAUUUGUUCAUGAUAAACAGGGCCUCCUUCCAUCUUUCAGUCCAGCUUUUCAUCUCUUGCGUGAUCUGAUCCGUAAGUUAGGGAAAACAGUAAGUGUGUAGGCAUACUCUGUAGCACAAAUUUAAUGAGUUUUACCCUCCCAUGGAUAGAAUGGAGCUUCCCUGUUCAUUAAUUGAAUCUAUUAAACACCUUGUCUGUGAUCUCUUUAUAGUGUGUCUUCCCAUUGUAAAUUGGUACUUUCAAAUAUGUUAAGGGGAAAUCUUUUCUAUGAAUUCUGGUAAUCUCAGACACUUCAGCUUCUACUUCUUGACUUGCAUUGUGAUCAAGAAAGAUUGCAAUCUUGCCUUUGUUCAUUUUCUGAACACUUAUCUUUUUCAUAUAUUGAGAUAGUAUUCAUGAUCAAUAUUAGUGAUUCUUCAUUAGCAGAGGCAAAUAUGAUAGUGUCAUCAGUAUAAGCCAGAUGGUUUAUCUCUGGACUAUGCCAAAUCCAGCAAAUCUGUGCUCUGAGAGUGAUGCACUUAAUGCCCUUGGCAUGCAUUCUGAGGCCAAAAUGAAUAGAGUUGGUGAUAGAGAAGAGGAUCACCUAGUUUUACUCCUUUUUUUAAAAAACUACAUGGUUGCCCAUUGAUCAAAAUGGAAUACCAAUUAUUAGAGAUAAUUCUAUACACCAUGUAAAUGAGACUCCCCAAAUACCAUUAUUAAUUAGAAUCAAGUUAGUGCAAGUGAUAUAUCUGGAUAGUUCAUAGCCAUCAAACAAAGAUCUUACCAUUUUCAUCAUCCUCUUUAGGUAUUAGCAAAAUACCAAAUAGUCAACUCAUGAGUUAUAGCAAGGUCCCAUAAAGUUUUUGGCUUGAGGGUUCCAGACUGGAUAGUAAUUCACUAGAUCAGGGAAAAAGAUUGGCAGACUUCUCAAGUUAAGAGUCAUGUCUAUGCGAAAAGGUGUAAUCCACAAUCUUGCAAGACUUAGUACAAGAGGUACUCCAAAAAGAUUCAGAUCUGCAGGAACAAAGUUGCUUCUUUCUUCAGAGGAAACAACAGAAGUUAUAUUCCUCCCAAAAGCAAGAUCCUUUUGUAAUAGCACAGAUCUUUCCAAGAAUGAAUCCAAAGUUAUCAAACAUGAAAAUAUAUGCAGAGAAUCUGGUAAGACAACAAGAAGUGUCUUUGAUUUGAAAAGUUACAUGCUCCAAAAGGUCAAAUCUGUCAAUCAAGCCUUAGAUGCUGCUGUUCCAAUCAAAGAGCCUAUCAAGUUCCACGAAGCAAUGAGAUACUCACUCCUUUCUGAAGGCAAGCGGGUUUGCCCUGUACUCUGCAUAGCCGCCUGUGAGCUUGUUGGUGGGCAAGAAUCAACGGUGAUGCCUGCUGCUUGCGGAAUGGAGAUGAUAAUCUCUAUGUGUCUGAUGCACGACGACCUUCCGUGCAUGGACAAUGGUGAUCUCCGUCGAGGAAAGCUGUCAAAUCACAAGGUUUUUGGCGAAAAUGUCACUGUUCUAGCUGGUUAUUCACUUGUUGCCUUAGCAUUUGAGCAUAUGGCAACAACCACUAAAGGGGUGCACCCAAAAACAAUGGUUCGUGCUGUUGGAGAAGUAGCAAGGUUGAUUGGACCAGAGGGGGCAGUGGCUGGCCAGGUGGUUGACAUGCUGUGUGGAGAUAAAUGUGAUACUGGAUUGGAAGAGCUUAAGUAUAUUCAUAGUCACAAGACAGCAGAUUUUACAGAAGCCGCGGCUAUUGUAGGAGCAUUGCUUGGUGGUGCAUCUGAGGAGGAGAUUAAUAGAGUUAGGAAAUUCUCGCAGUGUUUUGGACUGAUGUAUCAGGUUGUGGAUGAUAUUCUUGAUGUUACUAAAUCCUCUGAGCAACUAGGAAAGACAGCGGGGAACGAUUUGUUGGCCAACAAAUUGACGUACCCAAAGAUGAUUGGCAUUGACAAGUCCAAAGAAUAUGCUCAAAAACUUAGCAAGGAGGCCAAGGAGCAGCUUGUUGGUUUUGCUCCAGAGAAGGCAGCUCCACUUCUUGCUAUGACAGAUUUUCUUCUUCAUCGGCAAAAAUGAAUAUGUGCUACAACCAAAAAGUUUGACGCUGUUGUCGGGGAUCAAACCCGGGUCACCCGCACGACAGGCGGGAAUACUUACCACUAUACUACAACGACUGCUUGUUGAUUCAAUAGGGAAUGGAAGCUUCAAUAAGGUUUUGAAGUUGCUACAAAUAGUUCAAGUAUUUCUCUUUCUGUUUUAGCUUUAUCAAUCAAAAUGGCAUUUUGUCUCAUGAGAUGAUCCACGCCGCCACAAAUGAGCAACAACAAUUUUUGAACGAGUCUGAUAUUGCUAGGGCGGUUAAUGCUGCAAUAAUCAUUAUUAUGAAAUAUAUGGCUGAGUAUCCUCUUAGGUAUGGUUGAAAUUAGGUCUUAUGCUGAAGGAGGAUUGCCUAAGUCUUGUAAGGAGUCCACCUCAUCUCAUUAACCACUGAUGUGGACUUUUGUCAUUCUUUAACAGGUAUGAACUUCACUAAAUUCUCUUGCUUAGACUCGAUUGUAAUGAAAAAAUAGUGAUCACUAUAAUUUAGACACAAACACAUAUUGCUAACUGAUUUGUCUUGCAUUUGGGCAUAUAUCUUGGACCAGAGCAAAUUAAAUGGAAAAACUGCAAAUGAUUUGCUAAAUUGGGAGGAAAAUGAGAUAUUCUUGUAAGGUAUAAUACAUUUAUUGGACCCUAAAUUUGGCAUCAAAUUUUAAUUUUGACCUCUAAUUUUUAUAGUGCACAAGCACAAAUAGACAUUUUAACUAUCUUACAUUUAAAUAAAUAAACACACGAUUUGUAAAGUCAAAGAGCGUGAAAGGCAAACGCUCCAACGUAUCUGUCAACUAGUUAAAUAUUUUACACGUCAAUUUUAGAACUAGAAAAAAUUAAAAUUAAUUUUAAUUUAUGGUUUUAGAGCUCGGAGCUCAUUCUUUGACAGAGCUUAGAGGUUUGUUGAUGGCUGGCUUCUUGGUUUAGGUAUUUGUGGUUGUUGGGUCUGUCUUCAUGGGAUUUUGGGGGUCAUUUGGCUGCUGUUUUGUGUCUUGUUCGAGCUGCUGGUUGCAGCAGUUUGGUGAUGAUUCUCGCCGGAGACGACAAAUCUGAUGGGUUUGGGGUCAAGUAUUUGGUGGGUUCAGCGAGUUUGAAGUUCGUUCGCUUCAUGGGUUGUGCUUCGGUGUGGAGGAAGAAGAAGAACGGUUGGGCAAAAUGAAUGGGUUUUUUGGGUUGUCGGAGAUUGGACGGAAUCCGGGGUGGUAGAAUUGUCAUUUCAGCAUUUUUUUCUGUUGUGAGCUUAAAAAAUUACUCCUCACGCGCGUAGAAUACGUGAUUUUCACGCGUUUUGACAGAUAAAAAUCACGUGCUUAUUUAUUAAAUAGUAGGAUAAUUAAAGUGCGUAUUUAUGUACUAUGAAAGUUGAAGAUCAAAAUUAAAAUUUGAAGUUAAAUUUUGAAGUCUAAUAUAUAUAUUAUGCCUUCUUGGAA